AUGACAAAAAAAUCGUUGCGGGUUGAAAAGUUGGGUUUGGCUAGUUGCGCACUGCUGUGCUGGCUGAAGGAAGAUCCAAGAACGGGGGAAUACUCAAAUGGGCCGGAGGUGAGCGUUGUGGGUAGUGGGCUAAGACAGGACACCAAGGCCCUCGUUAAAUUCUGUUCGGGCUCGAAGACAAAGCAGCAGAGAAUGACAUUGAUAGGUCGAUGUGACGGAAGUGCUAUAGCCGACAUCGGCGAGUAUCAUAAGCAGAUGGAAGGCGUUGUACAGGGUGUUGUAUUUCUGAAGAGUAUUCAGGAUACGAAGAGUGUGCGACAGUGUCGCGUAGCAGCGGCUGCUGCUUCGAUAAGAACGCAAUAA